GCUAGUCGUGUGGAUGCGUCAAUAAAGUAAACAGGUGCAUCAAGUGCAACGAUAAUUAGGCAGUCCCUUUGGUGAUAUCAGAAAACUGACUUUUCUUUCGAACAAAUUUUCUUAUAACGACAGAAUUUUACUCCGGCCGUCAGCUUACAAUUCUGGGAUAAAUUGACUUGCAGUUUGGAAACUCCUGUCUUUCUCUGCAACGAGUAGAGUUUUCGCGUUGUUCCCCAGUGCAAGCAAUGGAAGAAUCGAAGUUCUUAAUACAGCUGGCGAAACGCAGUCCGAGUGACCAGCUAGAAAUUCACGACAUGAAAAAGUUCGCUCAUCGUCUUCGGCAAGACGACAUCCGGGAUCACUUUAUCUGCACCGUCGGGAUCGUUGGUAAACUUCGGGAAGGCAAAUCAACCAUGCUAAAUAUUAUGCAUCGAUAUCUGGAACAGGUGGCGAACGAUAACUGGGGUCCGGAAGCCAUGGCGUACUUGUACGAAACUGCUAUCGACCAUGCGCCAUUCAUCACAUCCAAAUCUUCGAGCGGCUGCACGCAAGGAAUAUGGAUCACCAAGGAUCCGUACGUUUUGUCUCAUAUCUCUGUUGGACCAUGUGCUGUCUUUUUGCUUGAUACACAAGGUCUUCUGGACAACGACAGCCGUCCUGAACUGGAUUCAUCCCUGUUUUUGCUGACCAGUAUGAUUAGUUUAUUCACGAUCUUUAACGUACAUCGCGGGAUUGGAAAGGAUCACGUGCGUUUGUUAGCCGAAUUCUCUCAUAUAGCGACUAAAAUUCACACCACCGUAUAUGACGGAACUAGUUCGGUUUUCCAGCACCUGGUUGUUUUGACUCGAGACACGCUUAUUGGCGUCAAUGAAUAUCAAUAUGGUUGGGCUGACGGUGACAAGUAUUUGAAUAACAAAAUCCGUACUCCGCAUAACCUCGAGUUAUUGCGGGCCAUCGAGAAAGUUUUCAUAAAAUUAGCAUGCUUUUUGGCACCGAAAAUUGCAAAUGAUCCGGACGACGAAGCAUUCCGUUUGUCUGCAGACUUCGUUUUGCCGGAAUUUCGGGAUAAUAUCAAUACCUUCUUGGAAUAUCUAUUCGGCCCACUGCUACAGCCGUUUCAGCGAAAAUCAAUACCUAUGACAUGCCAAAUGUUUGCUGACUUUAUCGAACACCUUGCUGAAAUAUUCGACAACGGGAGCAUUCCAACCGCAGAAAGUAUGCUAGAGCUGAUGAUAAGGUGUGAACUUCAAGAUGCCGUUUCUACGGCUUUCGGCAGAUACCACGAAAAUAUCUCGGCAAUUAUCGUGGAGGCCAUCGAUGAAGAUCACCUAAUCGAAUGUCAUAAAUACCACAAAGAAGAGUGCAAGGCCGAAAUCCAGAGAACCGUACCGAUCCUGCAACAAGAUCCAAUCCGCUCUGCCCCAUACCUGGAAAAGUUAGACACUGAUAUCGAUCGAUUGUUUGCCUUAGUUCGUGACCGAAACCAUACAAGUUUAUUGGAAUGGAAAAAACAUGAAGCACAACGUCUACGCCUCUGCACCCAGCUGGAUAAUCUAGCUUUACUAAAGGACGUCGCCGAUCAAAAGAUCCAACAGCUGCAGACGCAAAUGGACAACCUCGCGUUGAGCGGGGAAAGAGAAAGAAUGUCUUUGGAAGAUUACAUGACUGCUUUGCAAAUUCAGCGCGACGAAAAGGAUGCUGAAAGCCGGGCUCGGUUGCAGGAUGCCAUACAGGCGGUCGAAAAGUUAAAAAAUGAUUUAGCUAAAGAGUAGGUUUUUCAAGAAAGGAGAGAGUUGGCGCAGAUAGUGUCCAGCUCUCUGCCUUCCCUUGUGUCCCUACUGCUAACGCUGCUGAAUGCUUAGCCAAUUUGUACGAUUUUGUUCCGUUAGCUUUUGAAACUUUUGAUGUCACUGGCCCCGCAUGUUUGAAGAUUUUAGGCGAAAUGGGCAAGCGGUUAAAGGAUGCUACUGGAGAACGACGCUCUUACGAGUUUUUGCUACAGCGUCUUAGCAUUGAAAUAGAGCGGGGAAAUGCGCUGUCGAUAACGUCGACCGUUCCAUCGGCUUAACGGUCUUAAUGGCUGUUUAUUUUGUUUUUUUUUUAAUGUUUUUAACUGUGAUAUGUUUAUAAUUCUGACUGCUAACUAAACCAAUAAAAGAAACAUAUAA